AUGGACCUUGCGAAUACCCUCAUCCGGACUGUGGCGCGCGCCUUCUACGAGACCCGCCACAUUCUGGUGGUCGAUGCGCUCUUCCUACACUCAGUUCUCCACGCUGAGGAUCUUGCCUUUCUGAUGGGAAUGCAACAAAAGGAUCUUCGCAAGCUUUGCGCUAAGCUCCGAGAGGACCGACUGAUCGCAGUAAGCACCCGCGCCGAGAUCCGUGAUGGGUCCACUCGUCCUGUGAACCGCGAAUACUACUACAUCCCUUUGCACCCGGUUGUUGAUGCGAUCAAAUACAAAGUUUCCAAAUUGACGUCGAACAUCAAAGCGCAAUACACACCGAGCGAGGAACGCAAGGAAUACAUUUGCAUCCGAUGUGGAACCGAGUGGACGGAAUUGGACGUCCUGAGUCUGGUUGGCGAUGAAGGAUUCGAAUGUCAGAACUGUGGCGCAGUCCUGGAACGAACCGAGGAUGUCAAGGGCGUGGAGGGAAUUGACCGUACGGGUCAUGAGAAGAACAGCAAGCUGAUGGCCCAGCUUGACAACAUGCUCAAGCUCCUGAAGCAGAUCGAUACCGUUGAAAUCCCACCCAAUGACUUUGAAACUGCUUGGGACCACAAGGUGGAUGUCCCUAGGAACCAGAGCACACAUCCUGUUCGCGCCGCGAUUGUUGUCCCACCUAAGGCACAGGAUAUCACACGUCCCAACGCCAAGACUGAUGCAGCCGCACUGGAGAUUUCCCUUACUUCGAGUGAAGAGAAGAGUGCUGCUGAGCAAGCCGAUGAGGCUGCUCGGAAGGCAGCCGUAGAGAAGCAAAAUGCUCUUCCAGUUUGGCACACCCAUUCUACCGUGAAUGCAACGCCCGCAAAUGGACAGGUCAAGACCGACGGUGGCAGCUUGGUGAAGCCCGAGUUUGCGGAUGACGAGAAGCCCAGUCUGGAUGCCUUGGAUGACAAGGUUGCCGCUUACUACGCGGAGAUGGAGCGCGAGAAGGCACUCCAAGCCCAAGAAGAUGCCAGCAGUGCGGAUGAUGACUCUGACGACGAGUUCGAAGAUGUCGAGGGUGUUUCUGGCCCAAGUGGACCGGGUACCCCUGCCACGAACGGCGGCCCUACAAGUGCUCCCGGCGGCUCGUUCAGCGGAGGUGGCGUCAAGCGAGAACUUGAUUCCGGCGGAUCCAGUGCUCCUCAGUCCUCCGUUGGCACCCCAUCCACUCCUGCUGAUGAUGGUCCUGCUACAAAGAGAAUUAAGGUCGACCCGGAGAUCAAGCCUGACCCGGAUGCCGAACCUGACACCAAGAAUGAAGCGGAAGAAUCGGACGAGGAUGACGAGGAAUUCGAGGAUGUCUAA